AUCCCCUCCUCCUGCCAAUUCCCUUUCUCACUCCACAACCAUCUCUCUCUCUCUCUCUCUCUCUCUCUCUCUCUCUCUUUCUCUCUCUCUAUGGAACUCCUGCAAGAAGAAUUCACAGGCUCUAACGACCACUCUCCCCUCAUAAAACGCAAACGUGCCAAGCGGAAAACGCCUCUUUCUCCUCCCACGACGGUGACAUCUAGCUCAUCCACCGGCAGCGCCCACGGCGAAACUUGUCUCCCGAUUCCCUCCCCAACUUCUUCGGGAAACAAUUCAGCUACCAAAGAGGAAGACGAAGACAUGGCCAACUGCCUAAUCCUCCUGGCUCAAGGCGGCCAAAAAUCCGACUCGUCCCUCUACGAUUGCAAAACAUGUAACCGGACCUUCCCUUCCUUCCAAGCCCUCGGCGGCCACCGAGCCAGCCACAAGAAGCCCAAAUCAGAUAUUGAAGAAGAAGAAGAAGAAGAAACAAAAGUACCCAAAACCAACAAGACGAUUACCAGCCCUCCUUUUCCGUUCCAUUCGGAAACUAAAAAAGCAGCACCUACUGAUCAUAACAAGUCGUCGACUAGCAAGGCACAUGGGUGUUCGAUUUGCGGGGUGGUGUUUUCGUCGGGCCAGGCUCUGGGCGGCCACAUGAGGCGGCACAGGGCGCCGCCUCCCGCGACGCCUCGAGUUUCCACGAGCGACAAGGUGAAUUCCACCGCGGAGUCGCGUGAAGCGGAUGACCAGCCGCCGAGGAAAUUUACGUCGACUCUAGAUCUGGAUCUCAAUUUACCGGCUCCCUUUGAGGAUGAUUUCGAGUUUGUAGCUAGUAAAAGACGUUUUGUAUUAGUAUCUGGUCCGGCGCUGGUGGAUUGCUAUUAUUAGGAGAGAAAAAAAAAAAAGGGUUAAUUAAGACUAGAUUAAUCGUAGAACGGGAAUUAGUAUGUUGCCGGCCGGAUUUGUCAAUCAAAUAUUGUUUAUAUUUAUCAAAUUCUUUUAUUGCUUUUUUU